ACUCGUUUCUCUCAGUCGCGCAGCAGCAUCCGGUGGACCUAGGCUGGAAGGAGGUUUUCUUCUCGCCUUGUUGGUGUUUACUGUUUAGGAUCACUCGGAUUUCGGGAAUCACCGCCGCAGUCGUCAACAUGUCGGUCCCGAGCGCACUCAUGAAGCAGCCGCCCAUUCAGUCUACGGCCGGGGCCGUCCCGGUUCGCAAUGAGAAAGGUGAGAUUUCGAUGGAGAAAGUGAAGGUAAAACGUUAUGUGUCCGGGAAGAGGCCUGACUACGCCCCUAUGGAGUCCUCUGAUGAAGAGGAUGAAGAAUUCCAGUUCAUUAAGAAAGCCAAAGAACAGGAAGCAGAGCCUGAGGAACAGGAAGAGGAUUCAUCAAGUGACCCCCGGCUGCGGCGUUUACAGAACCGUAUUAGUGAAGAUGUGGAAGAGAGAUUGGCUCGACAUCGGAAAAUAGUGGAACCUGAAGUAGUAGGAGAAAGUGACUCAGAAGUAGAAGGAGAUGCUUGGCGCAUGGAAAGAGAAGACAGCAGUGAAGAAGAGGAGGAAGAAAUAGAUGAUGAGGAAAUAGAGCGGCGCCGUGGCAUGAUGCGUCAGCGAGCACAGGAGCGGAAAAACGAAGAGAUGGAAGUCAUGGAGGUGGAAGAUGAGGGACGUUCUGGGGAGGAGUCUGAAUCAGAGUCUGAGUAUGAAGAGUACACAGAUAGCGAAGACGAGAUGGAGCCUCGCCUUAAGCCAGUCUUCAUUCGAAAGAAGGACCGAGUGACAGUUCAAGAACGGGAGGCUGAAGCAUUGAAGCAGAAGGAGCUGGAGCAGGAAGCAAAGCGCAUGGCUGAGGAGAGGCGCAAAUACACACUCAAGAUUGUAGAGGAGGAGACCAAGAAAGAGCUGGAGGAGAACAAGCGGUCCCUGGCUGCACUGGAUGCCCUGAACACAGAUGACGAAAAUGAUGAGGAAGAAUAUGAGGCAUGGAAAGUCCGGGAGCUAAAAAGAAUCAAGAGGGACAGAGAAGAUCGAGAAGCACUUGAGAAGGAGAAGGCAGAAAUUGAACGCAUGCGGAACCUGACUGAGGAAGAGAGACGAGCUGAGCUUCGGGCAAAUGGCAAAGUCAUUACCAACAAAGCUGUGAAGGGCAAAUACAAGUUUUUGCAGAAGUAUUAUCACCGGGGUGCCUUCUUCAUGGACGAGGAUGAAGAAGUAUACAAGAGAGAUUUCAGUGCACCUACCCUGGAGGAUCAUUUCAACAAAACCAUUCUUCCUAAAGUCAUGCAGGUCAAGAACUUUGGACGCUCUGGCCGUACCAAAUACACCCACCUUGUGGAUCAAGACACCACCUCCUUUGAUUCAGCAUGGGGUCAAGAAAGUGCCCAGAACACUAAGUUCUUCAAGCAGAAGGCAGCUGGGGUACGGGAUGUAUUUGAGCGACCAUCUGCCAAGAAACGGAAAACUACUUAGGGUUCAACUACAUAAUUCUUCCACCUAUGGGACACAAGAAGUCUUAGCAUCUGGUCUUCAGUUUGCUUUUCCCAUUAUUUAUAUGGCCCGCAUAUCCAGGCUAUUGGACCUUCUACCAUACUUGUGAUAACAGGUAGCCCCGUCUUUGAAGGUGCUUUUUGAGGUCUGGACUCAUGCUGAGAAUCCCACAGAAAAGCACUAUCUGGGUACUGGAGCCUUCCCAUUUAAAACUAUUUCUGAGAAAUCUCGGGGUUUCAUCACUGCUGUGGUUUCCCAUAUUUACUUGGGACUGUUCUGAGAUUCUUUUUCCAGACCCUUAGCUUGGGUCAGAAACAUGAGCAUGUGUGAGUGGAGUGGACAAUGCCUUUCUUCUACCUUAGUGUUGGGAGUAACAUACCAGGAAAUCUAAGCUCAUUGAAAUGUUUUCCAUUUUUAAUUGGAGUCAGUUUUUUCUAAGUGAAUGUAAUUUUUGAUCCGUUGAAGUGUGUCAAAUAAAAAGUCACACACCAAUUUUUAUCAUGAUGCGAACAUAGAAUACACAGGCUUAUAUUAACUACCUAAUAAGUAAAAGCAGGGAAUUCAACAGAGGAUGUUUCAUAUUUUAACCAUCCCCUUUGUUCUCAGAAACUGAUACUUUCAAUGGAACACAUGUUUAUUCCAUGUAUAAAAAUACAGAUGUUUUGGUUA